AUUUCGGUUUGUUGUUAAUGUCAAAGUGGUAACGGUUGAAAUUACGUUGAAAGUGAAAACGGAUCUAACAUCAAUGAAUUUUAUUUUUGUUUACUAAAGUAUUUAAAAAAAGCUGCGUUAAUAUUAUGUGUGCCGUGUGAUUGUGUCUGUGAAUAUAUCAAAGUUACAAGCUUUUUUUGAACAUGGAGCCUUUUACUCAGAGAAUGUUAGAGCGAGCGCGGGCCAGACAAGAGAAAAUCGACCAAAAACUAGCGAAUUCCGGUCAAGCUGUUCCAAAACGCAAACCACUCCAAGAGAAUAUUAUUAAAAGUCAAGCAUCUCCUGUAAAAUCUCCCGUAAAAGCUAAAGAGCAAGUAUCGUCGCCAAGAAAAUCCAAAGAGCCAGUUAAUUGUAAUACACCAAUUAUAAAGAAAGUGAUACCGAAAUCAGAUUACUCAUCCCCCCAGCGAGUUAAAAACGAUAUUGUUGUAACAAAAAAGGAAUUCAAAAGCCCCAAGAGUAGCCUCACUCGUCGUAACUCAGAUGUAUCUGUCGAGAUAAACAUAUCACAUAGAAACGACAUUCAGAUCGAAGUACAAGUUGAAGAAAGAGACGCCCCCAUCAGUAUCACGUACGACGCUGGCUUGGAUACCGCCAAUAAUGUGGUCAUCAAGGAAUUAGAAGAUGAAAGUCCAAAAAAAGAAAUCAAGGCAAUAGAAAUGGAGACGAAGAAUGAUAAGAGUGGUCUCCGUCAGAAUGUUAAAUCGAGAUUGGAUCGGCUUGGGAACUUGUAUUCAGAUAAACCAAAUCUAUCCUCACCUAUUCACCGGACGGAACAACAGUUCACAUGUGAUACCCCUCCCCUGGUGCCAGAGGAGAAGCCGAAGGUGGAGAGGACUGAGGGUAGGAGGAAGUUUGGGAGACUGGCCGCCCUCGCUGACCAGAUCAAUAACUGGGAGGACGAUCUCAGCCAUCACAGCUUUCAACCAGAUGUUAAGAAAAGUAGCACAAAAGAAGAGAAGCAUGAAUCUUCAACGCUGGAUGUGUCGAUACACUCUAUAAAAGACAUCGACCGAGCGCUGCAGUCGGUUAAGAAGCCGUCGAAGCCGAAUCCAGCUCACACAUUCAUUAAGCCGAUGAAUGAAUGCCAACGACUGGACAAGAGAAUUGUAGCCGAGCUGGAGAGCGAGGGUUACCGCCGCGUAUCUGCCAGCCAAUCGCGGCUGGUGUACGAUUUCGUUCGAAACCGACAGGAGCCGAAGACGGCAACCCCCAGUGCGACAUCAGCCCCCAACAUGGCGACACUGAUAGCGUCGCCGGUCGUUAAGAAACCCUCCAUCAAGAAGUACAGAGCACCGACACCCCCCGGUAAAAUAAUAGACGAGAAUAGCUGUGACAAGGACAAGGAGAACAACGAACUAGAUCAUGGUAAUGAUGAAAACAGUGCGUGUGAUAAGGCCGAUGACAAGCCGGCGACGGAUUCCCCGGCCAGGAGAGCCGUCAGGCGCACCAGCGACGACAGGGGCUCCGUGAUGUCCAAAGCAGCCAUGUUCGAGUCCGGCAGCCCCCGGACUAGAGAGAAAGACCCGGCCGAAAUGUCGCUUAGGGAACGGAAGGCUUUGUUUGAAAAGAAUAAGGGCGCCGCCAUAGUGCCUAAGGCCCCGUUCGGACUCGCACCCUCGGUCAGGACGCUCCACGGCGAUAAAGACGCAAAGAAACCAGCGCAAAGGACACCGACCAAAAACACCCCGGAAAAAACUAGCUCUAAUUCAAAGGACAGUCUGUCUGAGGACAGCAUAAGUCAGUCCUCGUUGGGUGGAGGGAUUAAAGGAAAGUUAGCAGCGCUGUUCAAUAAGGAACAGACGAUCAGCGAGACCAACAUUGCCAAUAAAUACAGACAGGAGAGGGACAGGGAGAUGGAAAUGUUGCAAAAUAGAUUCCACUAUAAGCCAAAUCCGAAUCCUAAACCCGAAAACAAUGAAUCAGACGAUGACAAUGACCACGAGUCUGAGAAGGCUCCGCUGAUGGGCAGCACGGCCAGUCUGGCGGCCGCCAAGAAACCUGAGAUCAUUGCCAACGUACCAAAGUCGGACAAACCCGAGAAAGUCGAUGAGAAGACGCAACCGGCCAAGAGACGGAGUUCGCAGGACUCGCCGGUGGUCCUGUCAGUGCUCGAGGAGGUCAAAAGGAUCAAAGUAAACAAUAGCAAAGAGAGCGGGCCCAUAGUCAGCCAGCCGUCCGGCCUGUACCCUCGUCUGUCGGACAUCGAGACGGACAACUCCAACAGCCACGAGGAGUACUCGGACUGCGGCGGCUCUAGUACCGAGGACAUUAAGGGCAAGCUGGACAAGUCAGACAACUGGGCUGAAACGUCCUUCGGACGGGAGGUGUUGAAUGUGGUGAAGAAAAAUAAUUCCAGCUACAAGAAAGCCGUUCAAAGUGACUCCGAUGAUGAAUCGGGUGCCUGCGAGAGUGAACUGGACGAGCUGUUAGAUGAAGCCUUGGAUGAUGAGGGACCGACGCCACCUAAGGUCAAUAAGGUUAUCGAGCAAGACAGUCUCUCGUCAUCAAGUUUCGUCUACCAGGACAACGUGGCGUUCAAGUCGCCGUUGAAGACACCGGCCAGGGACAGGGCCAACGAACUGGUCCAUAGCGUCAGCUUCUAUAGGAAGAUGCAGGCUUCUUCAACGCCGACGACUCCUAUGAGAGUAAUACGCCACGUGUCCCCCGAACGAGACUUCACCCCCGAGGUGGCUCCGGUCACCACGGUCAGGCAGAGGAUCAAGGAGCUGCACAACGAGAUCAACAAACAACAGACUGUUAUAUCACAGGCCAGUCAAGCUCUGAACCUGUGCGCUGCAACCAUCGAGUUCAGCGGCUCAACUGAACAGGCGGAGGGUGAGAGGUUGCUGUUGCUGGCGACUCACCGUCGUCAGGCUUGCCUCCACGAAGUUCAGAGGCUUCAAGUAGAGGGUGCAGGUCCAGCAGCUACAGCUGGGAAAGCCACCCUCAAUAUCAGUAACCUACGGAUACCUCUGAGGAGGGAUUACAUAAGACAACUCAAUGCGGAUGGCGCUGUAGGUCACCACGUGGUCUGUCUCCUCAAGUGCCGCGACCGAGUGCUGGCGACCAGCAUGCAGCUGACGAAGCCGAACGCGCCGCUACAGUUCCCAGAUGAAAUAAGAAUGGAAGGUCUCAAUGGGGACUUUAAGGUGACGGUCGAGAUUUAUCUGCUGCAAGCAUCCAAGGAAAUCUUACCUCACAACGUCAAAUAUCACAUCACUAACAAAAAGAGCGGUUCUAAAUUACUCACUCCCAAGUCCAAAGUGUCGGAACUGAAGGCCCCCCGGGUCGUCAGUCCCGGAGGCCCGCUGUCAGUGAGGAGUCCCCAGUUCGCCCUUCACGGCUACUGUAUCUUUGCACUACAACAGGCAGCAAGAAAAAGCUUUACACUCAACAAAGUACCGCCCGACAGUCCGCUAGAGGGCUCCAUCAGCACCGACAUAUCCGCUAGGGUCCUCGUGCCCCAGCCGGAGCCCCACGCGGCCUUCCUUACAGCCUUCGACGACGUGUCCGGUCUGGGGGCCUGGCACAGACGAUGGGUGAGACUGCAGCCUCCGCGCCUGACCUAUUGGAAAUACCCGGAUGACGUCACCAAAAAGAUGCCGAUCGGUGACAUUGAUCUGACGACGAUCAUCUCGGAGAAGGCGGUGAAGGCCCCCCGUGAUCUCUGCGCGCGACCUCACACUAUACUGCUGGAGGCUUCCGCGCCCCCCGGCCUCGACGCACCCGAGGGGGGCUCGCUGGUGUACGUGAGAGGGCCCAACGGGUCCGUCAUCAGGAGGCACCUUCUAGCAGCCGACACGGCAGCUGAUAGAGACGUCUGGCUGGACAAACUCAACCAGGCCUUGGAGUACGUGCGCUGUGCGCCCUCCGACAGCGAGUGACGUCACACAUGACGUAACCAUCCGACUUACAUCCCAGCCUCCACGACGUCCUCCGCCCCACCCAUAGUGACAGAAUUAGUAACGUUGAUUCACACCGUUUCCAGAAAUAAAGAAAUUUCAUAAAAAAAGUUGAAAACCUUGAUUCAGAUGUUAGAGCGAGUGACUCGGAGCUGGUGAGAUGGACAGCAUAUUAUAUAAAUUAUUUCUUAUACUUUUUUAAGAUGUUUUUUCUGAUGCGUUUUGUACCAUAGCGAUAUGACAGAGGUCGUUUUACUAACAUUAUGUCUAGUGUUAACUGUAUUAAGAAAAUUUCGUUUGUACUGGAACAUGGAAUUGUAUUUCUUAAUGUUAGUUUUAUAUAAGGCGUCGCGUUAGAACGUCUCCCGCCUUCUCGGUUUUUAUAUAAGAUUAUAUUAAAUUAAAUAAUUUUAUGUUUUAUGAAUUAACAUCAUUAUAUAAUUAGCAAUGCAAUCAUUUUCUUAUAUAUUUCAUUUUAAUAGCGCCCCAACAAAUAUAGUAUUAUUAUUAACAUUAUCUAUAAAUUGUCCGUUCAUGAUAUAUGUAUGUAUGUUCUGCCAUUUCUUCUUAACUCAUAUAAUAGAUUUUAACAAAUUUAUAUUAACGAUUUAGAAUUAUGAGGUUUGUACUGCAAUAACUUUGAAUGUAAAUAAAAUCAAUUUAUUUCAAUAAAUUACUAAUGCAUA